AUGGAGGCCAAAACGGCAAUUGCGGUUUUCAAUCAAGGAAGCAACGAGUCCUUAAAUGAUGCUUGGGAAAGAUUCAAAUCCAUGCUUAGAAAAUGCAAGGGUCAUGGUUUUGAUGAUCUCACACAAAUUCACAUCUUCCGCAAUGGACUUCAACCGGUGCACAAAACGCUUUUGGAUGCUACCGCGGGUGGUUCUCUUAUGUCCAAAAGUGUGGAAGAAGCAAUCACUAUCAUCGAUCGAAUGGCACUCAAUGAUCGACAAAAUCAACAUGAUCGAAUUCCUUCACAAAGGAAAUCGGGAGUUCUUGAAUUGAACACCAAUGAUGCCAUCCUUGCGCAAAACAAGCUUCUUUCACAGCAAGUGGAGUUACUCACACAUCAAAUGACCAAACUCCCGCAGCAAAUGAAAGAGAUUCAAGGAUCUCAAACUAGGCACCAUGUGGCAGCUUGUGAACUUUGUAAUGGAGAUCAUUCGACUGGGUAUCAAAGGCAACCUCCACCUCACAACAAUCCUUACCAAAGAAACAACCAAGGAUUCCAACCUUCAAGAUUCGGCAAUCAACACUAUCAACAUCAAAGCCCUUAUCAAAGUUCAAACCCACAACGCCAAGGUCAACAAUCUCAAGGCGGAAGCUCAAAGUUGAAAGAUACUCUUACACAAUUCAUGCAAGCAUCCAUGGCUAAUCAAAGGAGUAAUGAAGCGGCCAUAAAGAAUUUAGAAAAUCAAGUGGGUCAACUUGCAAAGCAAUUGUCCGAGCAACAACCGGGAGCAUCCUUUUCCGCCAACACCCAAACCAAUCCAAAGGAGCAUUGCAAAGCCAUUUUUACAAGAAGUGGGAAGGAGGUGAAUAGUGGCGUAAAUGAAGAGGUUAUAGUGGAAGAUGAGGAGGAAAUAAUAGUUGAAAAUGAGGGAGAAAAGAGUGAGGAGAAGAUAGAGGAAGAAUUAGUUGAAAAAGAGCGGAAAGAAAAAGAAGAAAGAGAGAAAAAUGACAAAAAAGUGAAGAAGAAUAAAAAGAGAAAUGAGAAUGUGAGCACAAUUCCUCUCCAACAUCUACCUUACCCGCAUGUGCAGUCAAGGAAGGAAGACGCAAGGCGCUACGCUCGAUUUAUGGAUACAUUUAAACAACUUCACAUAAAUAUUCCAUUUUCCGAAGCAUUGGAGAAAAUGCCCAAGUAUGCAAAUUUCAUGAAGAAGAUGCUCACAAAGAAAAAAAAGUACACGGAUGAAGAGACAGUUGUGCUUGAUGCUCAUUGUAGUGCAAUUAUUCAAAAAACUCCCCCAAGAAAGGAAGCCGACCCGGGACGAGUCAUUUUACCGAUCACCAUUGGAGGUAACUACAUUAGUAAUGAUUUGGUUGAUUUGGGGUUUAGCAUCAAUUUAAUACCUUUAUCCGUUGUCAAGAGAUUGGGGAACAUUGAGAUGAAACACACCAGGAUAACUUUACAACUAGCCGAUAAGUCUAUCAUUUCACCAUAUGGAGUUGUACAAGUCAUGCUGGUAAAGGUGGACAAAUGUUUGUUCCCGGUUGAUUUUGUGGUAGUCGACAUGGAGGAGGAUCGUGAUGUGCCAUUAAUACUUGGAAGACCAUUCAUGAAGACCACCCGAAUGAUGAUUGAUAUCGAUGAUGGGAUUAUGAAAAUAAGGGUGCAAGAUAAAGAGUUUUGUAGAUUUUUGUGUAUGCGAGAAAAGGCUACCGAAGAGCAAUUUCAUUUUGAUCCCGAAAUUGAAAGAACACUUCGAAAGCUCAACAGCAAGACACGAAGAAGAAGGAAGUUAGCCCAAGAGAAGCGACAAAGAGAAGAGGCAUCUACUUCUUCUAACAAUCACAUUGAAGAGGUAGUUGUAGACACUUUUGAAGGAGACAUGGCGGGUGUUGUUCCAACCGAAAUGUCCGCCAAUUGUCCAAGACGUACCGCCCAAUUUGCACGCAAUGCUCAAGGUGGAGCAAAUACGGAGAUGAAGACCGGAAUCCUCCAACUUGUUUAUGCAAAUCCAUUCACCGGAAUGGAUCAUGAGGAUCCUUUCGCACAUCUCACCAAAUUUUAUGAGAUUGCAGGUUCAACGGGAGUCGAUGCGGCCAAUGAAGAAUCAUUGUUCAAGAGACUAUUUCCACACUCAUUACUUGGGAAAGCCAAAGAAUGGUAUCUUGAUCAAUUACCAAAUGUGAUGACGGAUUGGAAUCUAUUGGAAGAAAAAAUUUUAGAAUGA